AUGGGUGAUCGUGGCAACGUAUUUUACGCGCCCACGGGCGAGACGACCGAGUGGGAGGACAUUCUGGUGAAGAAAGGCAUCCUUGCACCCAAGACGAAGGUGCCUGAUGAGGAGAAACAGGAAGACGAGGAGCGGGGGGACACUCGCGAGGACGCUACGCUGGACGAGUUGGAUGACAUGGAGGACGAGUACGAUGACGACGCGGUGCUGGCGCGUAUUCGAGAGCGUCGUAUCCAGGAGAUGAAGGAUCAGGCGGCACGCAACAAGUUUGGUGACGUGCAACCGAUUGCAAAGGACGAGUGGACAAAGGAAGUGACGGACGGCAGUCACGAGCAUUGGGUCAUUGCUUACUUGUGGGACGAUGCGCUCGAAGAGUGCAAGGUCAUGGACCACGUACUGCGUGAAGUGGCCAAGAGGCACUGUGAUGUGAAGUUUGUGAGCAUCCAGGCCCAAGCUUGCAUUGAGAAGUGGCCGUCGCGGAAUUGCCCCACUCUUUUCAUGUAUCACAAGGGCACGCUUCAGAACCAGGUCCUGGGCAUCCGCAAGCUCAACGGACUCGACAUGAAGGUGGAAGAUUUGGAAGAGUGUCUGGCUAAGGCUAACGUCUUCAAAGCGGACGGUUGA